AUGCUGACAAUCGCACCUAUCUUUGAAAAAUCUGAACACGAAGAAGUCCAAGUAUUCGAUCCCGCAUACUUCACUUCUGACCACAGCUGGUCUUUGUUAAGCUUCCUUUUUUACCGUCAACAACAGAGUGAUUUCCAGUUUGACAAGAAAAAAGAACACGCCCGAUAUAUUCGCAACCUCUCGAACAUAUUGAAAAGGAAACAAGUAAACGAAACUAUAGCAAACCUGGCUGAAAGUGCGCUUGCUACAUUUCAGUGGACAGGUCUGAGGGACGAUAGUUCUUUGGAUGGGAUUACGAUCUGCAUUCAACCACCCACACUUCCUGAUUAUGAUCGGGAUGUGAUGAUCUACAGCUCGUGGUGGUUCUGUCCUGACUUUAGUCUUAUGCCACUUCCCAAAGAGUACUGUUUUCUUUUAGCUGUUACUAAUGCCAUCAUACUACUUAAUAGAAUGAAAAGAAAUCACAAACAUACCACGGGGGUUGCAAAUUCAGUUUUCCAACAGGAUCAAGUUGUAAGAGAGAAGUAUAUGAAACGUCUAAAUAAUACAGACUUUCUGGAAGGCAAAAAUCACUCUGCUUCAAACGGCCAUGACGUGUCAGAUACAGGGAUUCAUGAAGACGAAGUUGAAAAUCCUUUCAUCACAAAUUAUGAAGAGGGAUCAAGGAACAAUAAUAAGUGGGUGGCAGAUGGUCACAACAUUUCUCUUGAUUUCCGUGAAUUUCAAUUGACAUCGAUAAACCUAUUAGAAACCAAUCAAACUUUUUCGUACGCAAAAGAUAUAGAUCGGAUACUGUGUCUGUCGUCUAUAAUGUAUUGUAAUGAAGUCAAACUAGAAUUCGUAACAUGUUCCGAAAAAGUAUGGAAUAAAAUUCGGCCAAGACCCUUAGUUCCAAAGAUGUUGCCAUCUGUUGUGCAGUUAAUAAUAAUUGAAUAUAAUAUGUUUUUAAACGACAAACAGUUAUUGAACAUAAAAUGGCAUGAAAAUUGGGUCAAAUGGAGUAUAUUAUCAACAGAUGAGGAUAAAUCCAUCUUCGAUUGUGCGCAAGAAGUCACGAAAAAUUUGUAA